CCAUAAGAAUGAAAACAGGAUCAUUAGCAAGAUCGUCGAAGAAAAUAUGGAUAUAUCCGAACUGAUGACCGAAUGUAUGAAUGAUCUUAGCAUACCUUCUGCAAGCGCGUACAUACAAUUGUACCAGCUGGACCACGUUGUGUAUACACGCGAUGUAAAGUUUGAUGAGAAAUGGAUUCAGGGGAAUCCCCCAGUCGCCCAGUUCGAACUUGUAAGAGACUGUGUUGUUUCCUUAACCAGGCCAAUAUUCGUCUCUUUUUGCCUGGUGAAAGGUAGGUACCUAUUUUCCAGGUCCAGCGUCUGAAUAUUUGGCACAUGAGUAUCUGCAUAGUUGAAAGGAGAUCAGCAGCAUUAUCGGAGCAUAGGGAUGAUGAGCUUGGAGAGAAUCGGCGUGAAGCAGGCGCUGAAGUGGAACCUUCCACUGUCCAAGAGAUUUUUGAACGCGCAGUAUCUUUUGGUCGUAAGGCGAAUGCACCGUCUAAGGCCGCGGUUCCCAGAGAGUGGCGAUAUGAACAGAUUACUGGUCCGAUUCUAACAGGCCGGCCUGCCAACUGCCUCGGACAUCCCAUCGGCAUAUAUGCCCCUAUCUUCGAAAUAUUCAAAUCAUCCUUGUGCAAAAGAAACUUUGACUCGAUCACCCCCAAGGAGUAUUCCCUGGCGCAUAUGCUUAUCCAUGAAGCAAACGAAAUUUAUACUAAUGCAAAUGACCGCUCCGCACUCAUCCAAGAUGUUAUGGACAGCCUCCUGGACAAGGUGUUGCAUUGGACCUCGGAUGAUGACAGAACCGUUGCGUGCGACUGCAUACGGGUGCGUGUGGGAGACGACGAAGGCUUGCAGACAGAGAUCGCAUUCUUUGUCCACAGGGUAGAGGUCUCAAUGGGAGACUCGGAGGUGAACAAUUAUAUUGCGGCGACUGCAAGGAGGAUGUGGGUUCAGCGUGGACGUAAAAAUCUGCGCAAUGUGAGUUGCUCCCCCUCAUUCCUCAUCGUGAUCGCGGGCCCAUUCAUCCGCGUCUCUGGCAUUGUCUUCGCUGGCGAGCCAACGACAGAAGCAUUGAAGAAUUUUAUCUCGCUCGAAGUCAAUUCUUAUCCCCUAGAAGCACGGAUCUGCGAAGUGGCACAUCUCUUUCGAUGUCUGAAGGAGAGCAUUGCCUCGCUCGAGUUGUUUUAUCAGAGAGUCACACCGAGCCAAACUUCAAUGCUGAGUGCUCGCCUUCCUGAUACCACUUCACUACCAUUGGAUGGACAUCAGCUCGUUUUUCAAGACAUUCUUGUCCAAGGCGAUGACGGACGGACGAGGCCUCUCUUCCGAACAGAGUUCGAUUCCAAACGAUGUGUCGUGAAAUUCAGUCACACGUAUGGCGUCGAGGCACACGAACUGCUUGCGAAGGCAGGACUUGCUCCCGCCUUAUUUCACGCCAAGCAGGUCUAUCAUGACAGCUUCUGGCUUAUUGUGAUGGAUCAUGUUGAUGGAAAGCCGUUUGUUGAAGUGCCGUCGGAAGGGAAAGACUCGGUUCUGAACGAUCUCAGUCGAGCUGUUCAACACCUAGCCGCCUCUGGCCUCGUUCAUGGAGAUCUGAGGGAACUGAACAUUAUGUGCGUCAAGGAGGACAAGACUUGGCGCGCAAGAUUGGUCGAUUUCGAAUGGUCAGGAGGAGCAGGGAAGGCCCGAUACCCCGUUUCUCUCAACGAUACAGGAGAGAUUGGAUGGCAUAGCUCUGUCAAGCGAGACGGGUUCCUGGAACGGGCACACGAUGAACACAUGUUGAAGCGGCUGAUGAGUGGCAGAUGAGAUACGGUACAGAGCAGACUGGUCAAGCCGAGUAGUGGAAAGGCCCCACAUUCUAAAUGUACGAAUGAGUCGGUAGGCCAACUGAGAUUUGAC